AAUUGAAGCUACGCCCGUCGACCGUCGUUGCGUCUCACAGAUCCGCAGUAGUCCUGUCUCCUAGAUCUGCAGCGUCUUCUUCGUCCCACAAAUUCAUCGCAAUCUUCGUCUCUUCAUUGUCCGCGACAUCCACGUGCCGUAAACCUCAUUUCCUGCGGUCGUUGUCUUCUUCUCUGCGCCCUUUUCGUCUCCGGAGCUGCUUGUCUUUUUGUGUGAGGCGGUUUUGAAAAAAUCUGUCUUCCAGCGUCGAGAAAAAAUGCAGCUGAUUGCUUCAGUUUUCCUGUUGAUAAUCAUUUCGUGGGUGGAAAAUCCAGUUUCGGGCAUCAGAUUUCCGGAUCACAUCUCCGAAAAUCCGAAUGUCAUUUCAGAUCAACCUCUUAGAACGGCGGUCUUCGCCUUGGGCAGUUUUUGGAGGUCCGAGGCUGCUUUUGGAUGCUUGGACGGCGUCAUAAGGACAUCCGUAGGCUAUUCCGGUGGAUCUAGGGCUAAUCCUGAAUUUCGUAACUUAGGCGAUCACGCAGAGUGUGUUCAGAUAGAAUAUAAUCCCAGGAUUAUUAGUUUCAAGCAACUACUCGAUACCUUCUGGGCUAGUCAUGACCCUAGGCAAGUAUUUGGACAAGGCCCUGACGUCGGAAGUCAAUACAGGUCUAUCAUUUUCACUAAUGGAACCGAGGAAUCAAGAUUAGCUGCUAUCAGUAAAGAAAGGGAGCAAACACGAUCAAAGACCAGCAUUGUCACCACUCAAGUCCAGCCCCUGCAAACAUUUUAUCCUGCAGAGGCCGAACACCAGAAAUUCGAGCUUAAACGAAAUCCAUUUCUUCUGCAAUUAAUCGGCAACUUGGGUGAAGAAGAGCUGGGAAACUCUAGCCUAGCAACAAAGCUGAACGGGUACGCAGCAGAGCUUUGCCCUCGGAAAAAGCAGAGGCAUAUUGAUGCCAAGAUCAACGACAUCUUGCGGAAAGGUUGGCCAAUCCUAAGGGAGAUCUAAUUUUCCUUUGAGCUCUACUUAGCUGAUAAUUGUUUUUAUAAAAAUGGUAGUCAUAGUGACUGAAAAUUGAGCAAUUUGGUGAUUCAAUUCUAUUCAAUUAGAUUCGAUGCAAGUGUAGUUCCCCCUGUAGGUGUUAUAUUAUCAGUAUACGGUAUGAAAGAGUUGUUAAUUCA